AUGGAGACGGGGCAGUCGGGCCGUUCCGAGCACGGUGAUGAGCGAGUCGAUGAAAACGUCCUGACCAACUUUAUCCCCACCACUUCGGCCGGUAAGCGAGGCGUUUUCGUUGGCAUUUUUGUUGGUUUAGGUGAAGGAAAUGGACGAUAUUUUUUUUGUAAUUAGUGGUAGUUGUAAAAUACGUAAACUUAAUCCAAAAUUUUUUAAUUUCUUUUUUCAAAAAGUGGAUAAAAGAAAUUUUUUGCCAAAAAUAAUUUUUUUCCCCUAAAAAUAAAAGUUUCUAUUAAAAAUGUAUGCCCUAAGGGCAAAAACUAGUCUGUUUUUUUAUCAAAUGUCAUUAGAAUUUCUCUAGCUGUAAUCAACCCUUCAUAUUUUCUUUUAAAUUUGUGUCUAGCUCCAAAUUUAUCAAAGCCUAUACAGGUGUCUAAAAUAAGGUCGUAAUUGCCGUGAUAUGGCGUCAUUCUUUUUCUUAUUUUUGGUACAGGUAAAAUACGAGUUGUACAAAAUUUGGUCUGUUUUUUGGCUGAUAAAAACUUGCAAAAAAAGGUCUAUAUUACUUUAGAUACAUAAAGUCAUCAAAAAAAUUAUUAUGUCAUAAUUUUUGAAACUUCUGUCCUAGUGUCGAUUUCUGAUGAAUUACAUAACUCUCAGGUCUUAUUGAGUCGAGUGGGCAUCAAAAUUCACUUUGAACAAUCAUUUUUUGAGGUAAAAUUCAAGUCUCAAUUAUAUUGCACUUGAUGACUAAAAUUUUUUUUUCAUCCUUUUGAACUAUCUCCAAAAUCCCCAAAAACACAUUCUACCGUCAUUAUAGGCCCAAUAAAGAAUCGUACAACAGUCUUCAGCAAAAUUAAACAUGUACAUUUAUUUUGUUUCUCUUCUCCAUUCUCCUAAUUAACUCAGCCCUUCUCCGUUGCUUUUCCCGAUUAAAUUCUCGCUCUCCCGAGACAGAAUUAACCAUGGCUUUCUAAAAAUGAUAUUUACUACUUUAUACAAGCGACAGACUGGCUUUUGACCUUCGGAGUUUUGUUUUGAAAAUAUUUGGAAGCAGUUUUUAGGGAUUUCGGAGAAAAUCAUCGGAAUUGUUGGGUGAAAAGGAAAAUUUAGUGUUGUAAGCAAGGGCAGACUUGACUGUCGUAUUUUAAAUUUCAUAUAUUUGAUUUACACAGAAAUUCAGCCUUUGAUGUUUUAUUUUUUAAAACUUUCUUACACUAGAUGUCUAGUAUAAUAUAAAAAAUUUAAUUUCUAUUAUUUUUUACAGAUUUUGGUAUGAAUUCUCCAUCCCGCCGUAUUUUACACUCUUCCCAAAUCUCUUAUCGAUUUCUGUGACACUUCGCCGAAAAAUUCUUCGAAAUGUCAAAAAUUUCGGAAGUUGGUAAAACAAUAUCGAGACGGCUCCGGAGCUGCUCCAGCCGUCUUUUACUGUUUUUACAAGCGUCUCUUAAAUUAUUUUUUACAAUUGGUGGAAAACGUAAACAGAAUUUUCGGCGUUUAUAUUGUUAUUGACAUUUUAGGUAGUAACUAUGGAAAUUUAGAUUUUUAGGCUGAAAUAGGUAUCGUUUUGCUCAAAUUUGGUUUGUAAGGAUGUAGACAAUUCUAAUACAGCCAUUCGAACAACAAUAGACAAAAUUUUUUGAGUAGAAAUUGAAUGUUUUUGAAUUUUAGGCAUCUACCUCAUGGAUAAUAUAAAUCCUGGCGUUUUUUCACUGUGCUUUGCGUUUCAAGUCUUAUCAUGUCGUUUUUUGCUCAUAGUCUCCUUUCAGAACCAGAAGCCACAACAAAUCCAAGCCAAUUGGCCUCGGAGCCUCAAGUUUCCGGAGAAUCGUCGACUACGGGCCAAUCAAACUCCCUUCCCCUUGAUUCUUUCACGCAGAACCAACCUACAUCGAGUUCUCAAGCCGAGGAGAAGCGUGAAGAUGAGGGUGUAAAAGAAUCAGAGCAGAACGAACGGAAAGAAACCGAUGUGAAUCCUGAUCGUAAGUCUGUUCGAAAAAUUGUUAUUCUGUCUUUAGAAGAAAAGAAAAGGGACAUGGAUAGUCGCUCCAACUCGGACUCUCCGCAUUCGCUGUUGAUUGACGAGGAUGAACCGGGUACAAUUAGUCGUGUGGCCACAGAAGAGCCGACCAACGAAAGCGCGGCAUAUCAAAAUGACGAGGAGAUGUAAGUCGGGGAAUUCUCUGCUUUUUCUGAUAUGAGACUUCAAUUUUAGGCAAUCGACUGACCCUGCGCCCCCUUUGGAAGCUAAUCAGCCGGUUGACGAACGGGAGAAUCCUUAUUCCGACGUCCUGAAAGACCCGUUGCUCGGUCAACUUCCUUCAAAUGAAGUUCUCCAAUUAUUGGAGCAACAAUCCGCCGAAGAGAAGCGACUCCGCGACCAGCAGGAGGAGAAGGAACGAGAGGAGCAACAACGAGUUCGACAAGAGCAGGCGGCUAGUUCGGCCGCGCAAAUCAACGGGCAUCUGAAUGGUCUGGCGCCUCAAGUUAGCCAGGCUCUGAAUGGUCUAACCUCUCAAGCCCAAAGUCUCAAUGGGCUGACCUCGCAGGCUCAUACGCUGAACGGACUGACUUCCCAAGCGCAGCUGUUGAAUGGCCUAACUGGACAGCCUCAGGCGUUCAACGGACUGACCAGUCAGGCCUUGGCAACACAAGCCCUAAACGGCCUGGUUAGUCAGGCAAACCUCAACGGAAUCUCCUCGCAAGCCAAUGGACAGAAUGGACAAGCUCAGGCGUUGAAUGGCCUAAAUUCUCAGGCUUCGCAGGCCUUGAACGGAUUGGCAGCAUUGAAUGGACUUGAACUGCCAUUUAAUCUAUUUGGAGCCGGUCAUUUACCUCUACACUUGCAGAGUUUACAGUUUGCAGCUCAACAAGCCGCGGCGUCGUCCAUGGCCGACAAUAAACUCAGUGGAAUCGGUAAGGUUUUUGAUUUUUUGUUGGUUUUUAGGCAAGUACAAUGUCAGAGAUAAGCGAUACGCAGUCUUAUUGGAAUUGAUUGAGUUGAAAAAGGAGGUCUUAUUGGGAGAUUUGAAAUCGAAGUCGGUCAGAAAGGGCAGUUAGAAAUUGGAGAAUAAAGACUUACGUUAUACUACUGGUCAAUAGAAAAUUAAUGAUGGUUUUGUCUGUGGAUCUCUGGUAUUGUGUUUGUUAGUUUUAAUAGGUAGCUUGAGGUGUCUUAAACGUGGUUUGGAAGUUUCACAUAAAAAGAUAUGGAUUUAGAUAACAAAAUUGAGAAAAGAUUUUUGAUGACAUGGGUAAUAUAAAUUUAAUAUUUUUGAAGGGCGUUAUUGCAAUUUCUUGCUGAAAUAGGGAACAAUAAAACGUAUGGGCUAAGCCUGCUUCAAAUUGACUAGUUUCAUCAUCUAGACAUUUCAUUUUUACCUCAUUUUAGGUAUCACACCAAACCUUCUCCAAGCAAACGUCCCACAGAUUGGUGGAACAAAUAUCCCAUCGUCAAUCAGUGCCGCACUCGCUCCAAAUAGCGCCACCGACAUUCUGAGUGUCUGCAAACCCGAACAACAUCAAUUGACUGGGAAAAGAAAGGAAAUUUAUAAGUGGGAAGGGAGAGAUCAACUGUUCGCCAUGGCCUGGUCGUACAAAAAAUACCCAGACCAACGUUUGCGAUUGGCUUGUUCGACCAUUAAAGACAAAAACAACUUGUUUAAAAAUUCGGUCAGUUGCAAUUUUUGAUCUCCAGAUCAAAAAUUGGGGAAAAGUGUCCAAUUAAAAAAAAACUGAAAUUUUUUGAAAUUUCCUGUUGUGACUCUCGCACUGACAUUUUCUCCUAUUCCAAAAAGACACAAUUGAUGAUUUGCAAGGCGUAUUUUACCAAUUUUUUAGAUGUCCAUCAUCGAAUACGAUGAGGAAAUUGGAGAGCUGGUCACCACUUGUAAUGUUUAUAUUGGAACCCCCAGUUGCGAACUUCACUUCAUCCCCGACCCAGACCACACAAAACCCGACCUUAUUGCAUCCGCCACGAAAGAAUUGAGAAUCUACAGCUAUCAUCCCGAUAAAAAAGAAGUUGUUCUUGAAGCCAAAAUGCUCUCGGUAAGAGUGUUUUUUGAAUACUUGCGAGAACGAAAUGGUGUGUAUUGAGAGUUUUUUAGGGUUUGUAGGGGUUAGUGACUUGAUUAAGGCAGUUUUUGGGAAAGGUUUUGAUUCUUGAUGUCAUGGAUAAUAUAAUUUUUUGUCCAAAAUCGAUAUUUACUACUGGCUUAUGGCAGAAUCAGGAUUCUUUUAUAUAUAUUCAGAGAUUUUAACUAGAUCAGAGUAAUUUUUGUAACAUUUUUUGAAAAAAAUAUUUUUUUUUUAUCUCAUGGAUAAUAUGAGUUCUGGCUUGUAAAAUUAAAUAAAGGCUUUUUUCCCAACUUAUAACCCCCAUUCCAGAACCGAACGGCCACUUAUAUGGGCCCUCUAACCUCGGUGGAUUGGAAUGAGGUGAAUCCAGCUCUCAUCGCGACCUCAAGCAUUGACUCCACAUGCACUGUGUGGGACGUGGAAGCCCAAAAAGCGAUAGUUGAAGUCCCGCCGAAGUUCAACGAGCCCUCGGACCGCUUGAAAUACUCUAUGCGAACUCAGAUGAUCGCUCACGAUCGUCCCGUUCACGAUAUUGAGUUCUGUAAACACAACGGGGGCCUUCAUAAUUUCGCAACAUGCUCGGCGGAUGGCUCGGCAAGACUGUUCGACUUGAGGGACAUGAAAACUUCGCAGAUCAUUUUUGAGGAUGGCAGCGGAUUGCCGGUGAAUCAUAUCGCCUUCAAUAAAAUUGAACCCACUCAGUUUGCGGUGGUCCAACAGGCUUCUAGUGAGGUAAAAGGGGGUUAAAGGAGGCUUAGCGAUGCAUAAAGUUCAGGGGCGUUAAAACGCCUCGUCAGAUCUCGGCGGUUUCUGCAUAAUAUUUGAGUUACUUUUUAGUUGCUUUGAAACUCAAAAUUAAAAACAAAAAAUUGUAAAAUCGAACUAGAUCAGGGGUGUUAAAAAGCCUUGUAUGAUCCCGGCUAUUUAUGCAUGAUACGAUUAGAUUUUUUUGUGAACGCCUUAGGGUACCCCGAUCUUCCUUUCUCACAAAUUUCAUCCGGAUCUGACAAUGUUUCUUGAAGUCAUUACUGUCUUUAAAAAAACGUAUUUUACUCUAUUACAGUGUCGGUCAUAAUCUAUUGGCAAAAACCGUACCCUUUUGCAUCCGGGAAGUAUCAAAAAAUGUGGCAGAAUGCCUCCCUCUCCAAGUGAAAAAACUUCGUUUUGAAGAGCGCGCCCUUUCCCUCACAAAAAGAGCGGGUGCGCUUUUGAAGCCGAAGUUUUUCUACUUGGAGGGGGAGGCAUUUUGCUACAUUUUUUGAUACUUUCUGGAUGCAAAAUGGUCCGUUUUUUGUCACUGGAUCAGCUCCGCCACUGUAAUAGAGUAAAAUACGAUUAUUUAAAAACAGUAAUAAUUUCACAGAUCCGGAUGAAAUUUGUGAGAAAGGAAGAUCAGGAUACCCUAAGGCGUUCACAAAAAAAAUCUGCUCGUAUUGUGCAGAAAUAGUCGGGAUCUGACGAGGCUUUUUAACACCCCUGAUCUAGUUCGGUUUUACAAUUUUUUUUUAGUUUUGAGUUUCAAAGCUACCAAAAAGUAAAUCAAAUCGUAGAUAAAGCUAUGAUAAUGUAAAAUACGUUUGAUUAGGUCUUAAAGUUUUACCUUAUUUUCGACCAAAGUCGUUGACAACACACUCAAAAAUAAUUUUCAGGUGAUCGUCGGAGAUCACAGAAUGCCCACGCGGAUCCUACAGCGGUUUACAAAGCAUGGCAGCCCAAUUAACAGCGUGGAUUGGGCUCCACACACGUCAAUUCAUCUUUGCACUGGCUGUAAGACAUUUUUUUGUAAUAUUUAGAAUAUAAAAAACUACAAUAUAAGAUUACACCCAUUUUUGGAGUACAAAGGAAAUAAAUUUAAACCUUUUUAGCGAGCGAUCGUCAAGCCCUGAUCUGGCAAGUUCAUCAUGAAAACGAGCCGAUUUUGGCCUACCCUGGUGGCGGAGAGAUCACGAAAAUUCGAUGGUCCGGCGCCUAUUCCAACUGGAUUGCCAUUGCAUUCAACAAUAAGAUUGAACUCUUACGGGUCUGA